CAGUGUAGAUAGUCGCUCCGCCUCCGCGUGUCUUUCCACCAUGGUUUUCCGCGUAUCUAGCUUUCCCGAGUCGUACUCUAGCCCGUCAGAGUCCUCUACACAGCCCAGAAGGCCUUCGGUCAAAUGGGACUUGGGCUCGGAUUACGAGGACGUUACCGAGGAGACUACCGCUUCUGGCUCGGACUUCCGGCGCGAGAGAUUAGAAAACCAGCCGGAUCUUGGCCUCCACAUUCAACCGCAGAUCUACUUCCUGCGGCCGCGGUCCCCAAUACCCAAGUUGUUAUUCAGCUUAAUGAAUACCAACGAUGCAAAUGUGAAGAAGCUGUUACCCAAGAGCCAUUUAUCUCGGGUGAUCAUUCGUGACAACCUCAAUGCACAGCGUGUCUAUGAGAUGGAGAUGAAGGCCUCUGACAAGACCAAGAGGAAGAUGAGCUUCUUGUUCGACCACUUGAAGAAGAAGUUCAUGAUGGACCAGCUGAGAAAGAUGAUUCGCUGGAGACGGGAGUCCCUGAGCACCCAGCAGUACUUGAAUAAGGAACGGGCCUGAAGACACUCAGAUGGAGAGCCAACCACCAUAAACAUGGCAGAAUGAUCUGCCCCAGGAACACAAAACCACCCUGGUGAGAUCGAGGAGCCCUAGAACAUGCUAGUCUUCACCAUGGUAGAAAAAUAAAAGGAAAGCCAAGGAUAGGAUAGGAGC